AUGUCCCUCAAGCGGAAAGCUUCGUUCUCGGCUCUCCCAAACAGCCCGUCAGUUCCGGCCCCAAGCGAUUGGGGUAUGAUAGUCGAUGGCAACACACACCUACAUAGCAGGACACGAAAGCGCUUCAGAGAUGAUCGACCAUGUGAGAAUAUCAUACACCAAAACACAUUACGAUGGAUUUACUCUGCGCAAAAGCAGCAACCUACAGCAACCACCGAAAUGGACGCAAUGGACUCAGAGCCGACCAUUGAACCUCAUGAGGUCGAUCCUCGGCAGCAAACAUUAGAUCGCUUCUUCAAACCACCCAAGCAACAAUUGUCGUUCCGGCCAUCCCGCGAAGCUCUGGCACCUCGUGCGAAUGAAACUGCACUGGCACAGGAUGAUAUUAUGCGGCAACAGGCAUUUAAUAAAAUGAAUACGAUAGCGAGCACGAGCACGAGUGUGAGCAACAGCCCUGGUUACAACCAGACGAGCCCUGAUGUGGAUAUGAACAUGGACAUGGACAGCGGAAGUGGCAGUGAUGGGUCAGAUCAGAUGCCCAAUAAUUGGGCAGGCGAUAUGUCGUGGAUGUAG